AAGCAGAAGCAGACAACUGCGAGUGAAGGCUCAAACGAAGAAGUGCUCCUUGCAGAUAUCAGAAACCUGCUGAAAGACGUGAAGCUUGCGGACAACUCAGCGACUGUCGUGCCUGAGCAGCGUGCAGAGAUCGAUGUGACCAUCUCAGAAUUGUCCUCUACCGGUGAUGGCCUAGGCGAAAAAGACGGCCAAGUAUAUGUUAUACCUUUUGCUGCGCCUGGCGAUACCAUAACAGCCAGAGUUUACAAGCAUUUUGGAGAAGAGUCGUACGCUCUUGCAGACUUUGUGAAAGUCGUCUCACCCUCGCAGCAUCGUACCGAGGAGCCCAAGUGUCCAUAUUUCACUCAAUGCUCAGGAUGCCAGUUCCAACAUUUGCCCUACGAAUUCCAAUUGGCGCACAAGAGAUCAGUAGUAGAGAAAGCAUACCGCAACUUCUCUAACCUGCCUGCUUCUGCAAUCCCCACCAUUGGCGACACCAUUGGCUCGCCAUUGCAGUAUGGCUACCGCACGAAGCUCACACCGCACUUCGAUGGCCCUCCAGGCGGAAGAAGGGACAAGAGACAUGGACAAAAGGUCACAUGGCCAGGUGUACCGCCUAUUGGCUUCAUGCUGAAAGGGACUAGGAAGACGAUGGACAUUGAAGACUGUCCCAUCGGCACUGAGGCUGUGAGAAUAGGGAUGAAACGAGAGCGAAAGAGGGUCGCAGCAGACAUCGACCAAUACCAGAAAGGGGCGACCCUCUUACUACGAGAAAGCACGGAGAGGAUUCCAAAAGGGGCAGGCCUUGUGGAAUUCGGCAAGGAGACCGAAUCGAGGGACGAGGUGUUGGAGGAUAGAGGGCAACAUGUACACCGCAAGAUUUGCAUCACAGAUCACAAAGCAACCUCGACAGAAUACAUCGAGGACUUUCGCUUCGACAACCCUGCAGGCUCCUUCUUCCAAAACAAUAACUCGAUACUGCCACUGGUCACGCAGUACAUUCGCGAAAAUAUUCUCGACAAGACAGUUCAAAGCGGCGUGUCUGAGGACGAAAAGCAAAAGGGACCGCAAAUUAAGAACAUGAUUGAUGCGUAUUGCGGCUCUGGAUUUUUUACGGUCACGCUCUCGGGCAUGUUCAGCAACAGCAUCGGUAUUGACAUUUCAGGGCAGUCAAUCGACUAUGCCAGCAAGAACGCCAAGCUCAACAACCUGCCAGCAGACUCAACACACUUUAUUGCUGCAGAUGCCAACCACCUAUUUGGGUCUGUUGACAGCAAGAAAUUUCCGCCAUCUGAGACAGCCGUCGUCAUCGACCCUCCACGAAAAGGCUGCGACGAAGGCUUCAUUCGCCAGCUGCUGGACUACGCGCCUGCGCGAAUUUGCUACGUCUCUUGUAACGUGCAUACCCAGGCAAGAGACGUCGGAUGGCUGGUAGGCGGGUUGCUAGGCACCAAUGAUGGAGCGCAAGGGCUGUACGAGAUCGAAAGUCUGAGAGGCUUUGAUUUCUUUCCACAGACCAGCCAUGUCGAAGGUGUCGCAAUCUUGCGCAGACGCGCA